AACAUGCCCGCUUGAAGCUUAAAGGUCACUCACACAACACCAGUGAAAGUCCAAUGGGGGAAAUGACACCAAUUCACCCGCGACCCUAAAGCCGGAACAUUCGCCUGUUAAAACCAAACAACAACCACGAUUUGUGAUUUAUGCCGUCGUAAUUUACCAAGUGUUUAGAUUCGGUGAACCCUGGUGGGUGUUGUAAAGCAGUAGUUUGUUUAGAGAGCAAGGAUUGCAAUGGCAAACAUGGCUGCAGCAAGCGAAGGAUGUCCACUUUUUAGGUGGCUGCCGAUCACUGUGUUUCUGAUGGCUCUGUCCGUGCAUGCGUGUCAGGCCUCGACCAUACAUCUCUCCGGGAUGCACGGUAUGAUCGCCUCACCGGGCCACCCCACCCCCUACGAGGACGACCUAGAUGUGGAGUGGUUGAUAAGCGUACCUGACGGGUACCGCGUCAGGCUGUAUAUGACCGCGUUUGACCUUGAACCCGGGUCAAUUGGGUGCGAUCACGAUUACGUCAUGGUUUCGUCUGGCAAUGAUACGUUCGGGACGUUCUGCGGUCGUUCCGGUUCACGUGAUUCCCCAGGUGAUCAAUCCCUGACGUCACAGUCCGGCGAGAUGCAAGUUCUGUUCCACUCGGACUAUUCCAACGAGCAUCGCUACACGGGCUUCAGGGCACACUAUGUGGCAGACGACAUUAACGAGUGUGAGGAAAUUAGUGGUGUCUGUGACCAUUUCUGCCACAACUACCUGGGUGGGUACUACUGCUCUUGCGAGUUUGGCUACUCACUUCACGAGGACCAGACAUCGUGCCAAGUGCACUGCUCUGGAAUUUUGCUGCAGGCAGCGUCAGGGGAGGUUACGUCGCCUGGAUACCCUUUGGCCUACCCACGGCGCUCCGAAUGUGACUGGCUUAUUCGAGCUGAGCCGGGUUAUGUCAUCAAUUUGAACUUCGAGGACUUCGAUGUGGAAGAUCACCCAGAUGUCAGAUGUCCGUAUGACGCAUUGACAAUCAUCCAGGAUGACCAGGAACUUGGGCCGUUCUGUGGACGAAGAAGGUCCGAGUGGCCGGAGGAAAUGAGAGCCGACAGGCAGAUCAGGAUCUCCUUCGUGUCGGACGAGUCGGGGAAUAAUCGUGGUUUCCGUGCACGGUACAACUUCACAGGUAAACCGUGUGUGGCCCUUGUGGCACCUUCCAAUGGUUACGUCUCCGUCCCCAGCGCCACGGUUGGCAACACAGCUGAGUAUAGUUGCGAGGAGGGCUUCAGAGUGGCGGGACCUGCUGAACGUGCAUGCCUGCCGUCCGGGGAAUGGUCCGGUAAUGAACCGCAAUGCGAAGUGGUCACCUGUGCACAACCAGGGGGGAUUGCCAAUGGCGAGGUCGUUGUGAAUGAUGAAUCGCUGGAGUACGGCAUAUCAGCGGUGUACACGUGCGACCCACUGUACGAGAUAAGAGGGUUGGAUACACGGUCGUGCAGGGCAGAUGGACAGUGGUCUGGUGAAUCACCGGUGUGCGUCCCGAUCUGUGGCGUCAGCAGCAUUCGGCCUCGUAAGCCUCCCAAUUCCCGGAUCGUUGGCGGUCGGGAGGCUCGGACGUGGUCCUGGCCGUGGGCCGCGCAUGUCGUCGUCAGGGCGCCAAACUUUGGCAUCGAAUACCGGCCUUGCGGCGGUUCGCUGAUCAGCAGGAACUGGGUGCUGACUGCGGCCCACUGCGUGACUGUCAAGGCAAGACCAGAGAUCUUCGGUCAGAUCGUGCCGGCUGACACGACGUUGGUUACCCUUGGCGUCCACGACAUCACAGAUAGUAGUGGAGGAGUGAGAGAGGUAUCAGAAAUCGUCAGGGCACCCUCCUACGAUGCUAGAAGUUUUGACGCCGAUGUCGCCUUACUCCGUCUCGCGGAACCGGUGACGCUGACGGACCGUAUUCGGCCCAUCUGUGUCCCAACUGCGGACACCUUUGUCGCCGACAGUGAUUAUUCCCUUUACGAAGUGGAAGAAAUCCCUGACUUGGAAGGCGUAGCCAUUGGAUGGGGUCAAACUGGACGAGACCAGCCCUGGUCCAACGUUCUAAUGGAAGUCUACCUUCCUAUCAUUAGUCGCUCCCAGUGUGAGGAUGCCAUAUUGAGCGGGCUCACUGACAACAUGGUGUGUGCAGGAUCUUCGGCCGGAGGCCGAGACACGUGUUUUGGUGACAGCGGUGGCCCCUUGAUGCUGAAGGAGGCAACCACUGGGAGAUACUUUGCCUUUGGCCUGGUUUCGUGGGGAGAGGGCAACCAGUGUGCUCAGGCUGGGCAGUACGGGGUGUACGCCAAGGUUGGUAACUUUGAAAACUGGAUUCGGGAGACUGCCCAAAUUUGAAGGCAGAUAAGAAAGUGCUUCUAUACGCUUCGAGUAAAUGUUCUAUUGCUUUUCCUUUAUUUACCCGAUAAAUGCUGAAUAUUAGCGUUAUUGUACCCUUGCAUCCAUACAAGCAGACUUAUGAGUGGAGUAAUGCAAAGUGUUGUUUCCCAAAUCCCAAUAACGCAGUCACAAAUGCCAAUGUAAAUUCAUAGUUUAAGGUUUCAAAAACAGAGUGCAAAGUGUCCGUGUUGAAUGGGCGUUCUCUGUUGCAGAAAACAAUAGUAAUGCUAUUCUGGAAGUGUAGGCUAGAAGCAAGUUUUAAAACACAAUUCCCAUGGUUCAAAAAUUAAACAAAUUGCAUGCUUAUGAAUGUAGGCUUCAUUACCAGGUGUAAUUAUUAGGUGUAGUAUUUGACUAACUUUUGCCACAUGCUAUUUCAUAGAGGUUAAAACGAAAUUGAGUACCAGGAUCAACUUUGAAUUAUUUGGGAAUGGAAUAUACAUAUACAGCAAACAAAGAGGAGAUUAGAAGGGGCACCAGAAGGCUGAAUUUUUAGUUUGAAAAAUCUUCUUCAAUUCCAAGCUGCUUUUUUCCCGUAAAUUAGUUGCUCCUGUUAAAUAGCAAACAAGAAUAAUUGCCAAACAGGCCAAUGAAGCAAGAAUAAACCGACUACAAAAACAGUUUCCAGGAUACAUAAA